UGGAACUACAGCAGCCCGGAAUACAGCAACUAUGACUCAUUACCCACGGACCCCAACACCCUUGUGGAUCAGUCUUCUGGGAAGAUUCGGGUUUGGGACACCGUGGCCUUGGUCAUGUACACGGUUGUCUUCCUGGUGGGCGUGCCAGGCAACGCCCUGGUGGUCUGGGUGACGGCGUCCGAGGCCAGGCGGGCCGUCAACCCCAUCUGGUUCCUCAACCUGGCGAUGGCCGACCUCCUCUCCUGCCUGGCGCUGCCCAUCCUGUUCACGUCCAUCGUGCAGCACGGCCACUGGCCCUUCGGCGAGGUGGCCUGCCGCGUCCUGCCCUCCCUCAUCCUGUUCAACAUGUACGCCAGCGUUCUGCUCCUGACCACCAUCAGCGCCGACCGCUUCAUGCUGGUGGUCAACCCCAUCUGGUGCCAGAACUACCGGGGUGCCGGCGUGGCCUGGGUGGCCUGUGGCGUGGCCUGGGCCGUGGCCCUGCUCCUGACCAUCCCCUCGUUCCUGUACCGCCAGGUGUUUGUGGAGCACUUCCCGCCCAAGACGCUGUGCGGGGUCAGCUACGGCAAGGACGGCCGGCGCACGGAGCGCGCGGUGGCCACUGUCCGGCUGGUCGUGGGCUUCCUGGGGCCGCUGCUCACGCUCACCGGCUGUUACACCUUCCUCCUGCUCCGGACGUGGCGUCGCCGGGCCACGCGGUCCACCAAGACGCUCAAGGUGGUGGUGGCGGUGGUGACCAGCUUCUUCGUCCUCUGGCUGCCGUACCAGGUGACCGGGAUGAUGAUGGCCUUGCUGCUGCCGUCCGAUGACAUGUUCAAGCAGGUGCAGAGGGUGGACUCCCUGUGUGUCUCUGUGGCUUACGUCAACUGCUGCAUCAACCCCAUCAUCUACGUGGUGGCUGGCCAGGGCUUCCAGGGCCGGCUGCUCAAGUCCCUCCCGAACAUCCUCCGGAACGUGCUGACCGAGGAGUCCGGGGUCAGGGAGAGCAAGUCAUUCACACGCUCCACUGUGGACACCCCGUCUGAGAAGAGCCAGGUGGUGUGA